UCAGAAUCAGAUCUUACCAAAACAAAUCUUGUUUAAAAGAAAAGUAAUAAUUUUCAAGGUUGUAAAUGUAAACAGACUAGCCUAAGUAAAUAAAUAAAAGCAAGUGGUUGAUAACCUGUUACAUUACGUAGAUUCUAGGCUUUGAAGUUGAUAAUCCAAUCAUUAAAAAACGACAUUCAAACAGGCCUGAUUUUGUAAAAGUAUUGCACAAAGUCAGUAUAAACAUUAGUGAACAUUAAAGCAUGGCAAUUACAGAAUAUUUAUCAACACUAGGAGACAACCCUUACUUUGGGGCAGGAGCUGGGCUUUUUGGUAUAGGCCUACUGGCAGCAGUUGGACGGAGAGGUCUUCAAGUUGGAGCUGUUGUUUUUCGACGCCAUUUUAUGAUUACAAUGGAGGUGACUAGUCGUGAUAAAAGUUACCAUUGGCUAUUGCAGUGGAUCACGAAGUAUGGAACCCACACCCAGCAUCUGAGUGUAGACACAGAGUUUCAUCAGUCAGCUGCUGGCCAGAUCAAGACCAGGUUUCAUUUUGUACCCAGCCCUGGCAACCAUUAUUUCUGGCACAAAAAAAAUUUAAUUAUAGUUGAGAGGAACAGAGAUAAUAAAAUGGUGGAUAUUUUUGAGACAGUGACGUUAACAGCUUUUGGAAGAAAUAGAGAGAUGUUUAUGAAUAUCCUUGAGGAGGCGCGAGGGUUAGCUCUUUUAAGUUCUGAAGGAAAUACAGUAAUGUACACUGUAGCAGGUGCUGAAUGGAGGCCUUUAGGAUACCCUAGAAGAAAAAGGCCAUUGGACUCAGUUGUUUUAGAUUAUGGUGUUUCACAACGCAUUUCUGAUGAUAUUCAUGAGUUCAUCAACAAUCCCAAGUGGUAUUUAAAACGAGGUAUCCCCUAUCGCAGAGGAUAUUUACUCUAUGGCCCACCUGGUUGUGGAAAAAGUAGCUAUAUAAUGGCAUUAGCGGGUUCAAUUGAUUACAGUAUUUGCGUGUUGAAUCUGAGUGAUAAGGGAAUGUCUGAUGAUCGUCUAACUCAUCUUUUAACAAACGCCCCCGAGCAGAGUAUUAUACUUCUAGAAGAUGUUGACGCAGCCUUUGUUAGCAGAGAUACGAAUAAAGAAAAUGCAAUAGCCUAUCAGGGAAUGGGCAGGCUAACUCUCUCUGGUCUGCUGAAUGCAUUAGAUGGUGUUGCUUCCACUGAGGCGAGGAUACUUUUUAUGACAACAAAUUAUAUUGACAGGUUGGAUAAAGCGUUAAUUCGACCAGGCAGGGUAGACCUAAAAGAAAAGAUUGGCUUUGCUACUGAAUACCAACUUGAACAGAUGUUUAGGCGAUUCUAUCCAGAAGAACCAGAGCACAGAGCGCAAGAAUUCUCUAGUAAAGUUUUUUCUGUCAGCCAAUCUAUAUCAGCAGCUCAAGUGCAAGGAUUUUUUAUGCUUUACAAAAACAGUCCUGACCUUAUGAUGACCCAUGUUGAAGACAUAGUUCAUUUGUAGUUUACAGAGAUCAAGUUGUUGUAUAUGUAUAUGCCAUAUUUUACAAUUUUUGUAAAUACAUGAUAUGU